AUGUCCUCGCCGACUACCAGCUCGUCUCACGCGGGCAAGCGCAAGCGCAACAACACGGCCACCUCGGCCUCUGUCCCGGACUCUGACAUGAUGAACGCCGACGCCCAGCUGCAGGCCGAGUCCCGCGAUGCCUCCGGCGAGGAGGGCGACACCACUGCUCCGGAGUCGGUUGGCGGGCCCGUCCACCGCAAGACCGACAGUGCCGGCACCUCGUCCUCACACCCCCCGACAAAGCGCCAGCGCGCCAACUCGGAACGCACCCUGAACAACGGUAACAACGAGGCCAGUCACGGUGUCGCAGAUCCCGGCGAGCCCAGCGACACCACCGAGGCGAGCAUCGACAUCGCCGACCGUGUCGCACGGAAGAGCCGCAGGACCAAGGAUGGCUCCGUGGCAGUCCCGGAAGAGACUGAGCAGACUGAGCAGAAGAGUAUGGCGCCGCCGCCCAUCGGCAAGCUCACACAACCGGUCGGCUACACGACGAACCCGCCCCCUACCGGACGGGCUAUAAGAGUUUAUGCCGACGGUGUCUUUGAUCUGUUCCAUCUUGGACACAUGCGGCAACUCGAGCAAGCAAAGAAGGCAUUCCCCGAUGUAUACCUCAUUGUGGGAGUAACUGGCGACGAGGAGACACACAAGCGAAAGGGAUUGACCGUGCUGUCUGGGGCAGAGCGUGCCGAGACCGUGAGGCAUUGCAAAUGGGUGGAUGAGGUCAUCGAGAACUGCCCUUGGAUCGUAACCCCCGAAUUUCUCGAGGAGCACAAGAUUGACUACGUCGCCCACGACGAUAUUCCUUACGGCGCAGACGAAGGCGACGACAUCUACCGGCCGAUCAAGGAAGAAGGCAAAUUUCUGGUCACACAGAGGACAGAAGGCGUGAGCACCACCGGUAUCAUCACGAAGAUCGUCCGUGACUACGAGAAAUACAUUGCCCGGCAGUUCAAGCGCGGCACAUCCCGCCAAGAGCUAAACGUCAGCUGGCUCAAGAAGAACGAGCUCGACCUGAAGCGCCACGUCCAGGACCUUCGCGAUAACAUCCGCUCGAACUGGAGCACGACCGGCCAGGAGCUCGGCAAGGAGCUGCGCCAGUUCUGGCCCGCCAGCAGGCCGCAGAGCCCGGCGCGGUCGAUGCUCCAGAUCCCUAACGGCGAGAUGCCGUCCAGCCCCAUCACCGCUGCCAUGGCCGGGCCUCGGUCGCCUGGCGGCGGCAACCUCAAUGACUUCAUCACGGGGUACUCCAUUGGUCUUAUUGGUGGUGUCAGGGGAUGGAUGACCAAGAGCCGAAGAUCAGUCCGUGACAGCCGCCCACCCAGCGACGAUGAGUCUGAGAGCGAGGAGCGUGGUCGGACAUCUGUUCAGGCCCCUUCUUCAUGA